UGACGUCAGAGGCGUGCCCCUGCCCAGGAGCGGAGGAGACCCCGCGCAGUGCUGCCAACGCCCCGGCGGAGAAGCUGAGAUUACAUUGUUUUGAAGUACUGAAAGUGGAUACAAAAAGGCUUCAGCAAUGCAGACUAUUAAGUGUGUUGUUGUGGGUGAUGGUGCCGUCGGUAAGACAUGUCUUCUGAUUUCAUAUACAACAAACAAAUUUCCAUCUGAGUAUGUACCAACGGUAUUUGACAACUAUGCAGUCACGGUUAUGAUUGGUGGAGAACCAUAUACUCUUGGACUGUUUGAUACUGCAGGACAGGAAGAUUACGACAGAUUACGACCCCUCAGUUAUCCACAGACAGAUGUGUUUCUUGUCUGUUUUUCAGUGGUAUCCCCAUCCUCAUUUGAAAAUGUGAAAGAAAAGUGGGUACCAGAGAUUACUCACCACUGUCCAAAGACUCCUUUCUUGCUUGUUGGGACCCAAAUUGAUCUCAGAGAUGACCCUUCUACUAUUGAGAAACUUGCCAAGAACAAACAGAAGCCCAUCACUCCAGAGACUGCGGAAAAGCUGGCCCGAGACCUGAAGGCUGUCAAAUAUGUGGAGUGUUCUGCGCUCACACAGAAAGGCCUCAAGAAUGUAUUUGACGAGGCGAUACUGGCUGCCCUGGAGCCUCCAGAACCGAAGAAGAGCCGCAGGUGUGUGCUGCUAUGAGCGUCCCUCCAGAGCCCCCUCUGCAAAGCUGGUGUCGGCAUCAUACUAAAAGCAAUGUUAAAUCAAACUAAAGAGAAAUUAAAAUUCGUUUUUGCAAUAAUGACAAAUGCCCUGCACCCACCCCCACACUGUAGUGUGAGACAUGGCCUAUUGGGGCCCCCAGUUUCUCUCCCAACUUGGUUUAAAUGCUAGUUAAUUUUGAGUAAUUAUGUAUUGUCAGAAAACUGA